AUGGUAAUCGUCCACAGAAGGCAAGAAAGGGACGAUCUUGAUAAAAUCGUCCCAAGAGAGAAGGUCGUCGCUCAAACAUCCGGACACUCGUUCCUACCCUUCGCGGAGCGGUUACAAGACAUUAAUCAACCUUCAGACCGUUGGGAAUGGCAGCUCAUCAUUAACACCCAGCAAAGACGUUACCAGGCUAGAUUAAAGCCUCCAUCAAGACUCCACCAACGGCACAACGCCGGCAAACUACCUUCUUUCGUUCGUUCACGAGUUGCAGAAGAUUGGUCUGGCGAGGAACAGUUUCAUCUGGACGAUCAUAAAUCAACUGACGAUCAAAUCAUCAUCAGUUUGGCGCCGUCUGUGGGAAACGACGAUAAACGCAAUCUGUCCCCAGUCCAAAUGGAAUCCAGUACAAACCCAGACCCUGCUGCGCUGGCCCUACAAGUUCAGUCGCUGUCAGCAACCGUGGAAGAACUCACAAGACAGAACCAAGAAAUGAAACAACGACUACUACAAGAAAGCAAUCGUGCGGAUAGGGGAGACGAUGAAGACAGCAACAGAAGGCGGACAAGUACUCCAGAAGAAGCAAGUUCGGACCUAUUGAGAGAAAUGAGGAAAGAGAUGGACGAGCUAAGAAACGCCAUAAAAGGAAAGACGGACCAAAGUUUGGAGAGAAUCGUCCGGAAGACGGAUUCGCCCUUUACCAUAGCUGUCCAAGAGUGCCCUGUACCCUCCAAAUUCCGUCUACCACAACUAGAACCUUUCGACGGACUGAAAGACCCCUUGGAUCACCUGAAUACCUUCAGGACGACCUUAGGCCUCCAACAGCCACCUGACGAGAUCUUCUGUCGCUCAUUCCCUACGACCCUCAAAGGAGCAGCCAGGGAAUGGUUCAACAAGUUGCCAACAUCGUCCAUCGACAAUUUCGAACAGUUGAGCAACUCCUUUGUCCGUCACUUCGUGGGGGGGCAGCGACCAAAGAGAACUGCCGACCACUUACUUACCAUCAAACAAGGAGAGAAGGAACCACUGAGGUCCUACGUGACACGCUUCACCCGAGGAAUGUUGGAAAUAGAUGAGACGGAUGACAAGGUACAUCUCACAACCUUCAAAGCAGGAUUGAAGUCCAGGGAUUUUGUAGCAUCCUUGGCAAAAAAUCCCCCUAAGACGAUGGCUGAGACACUGUUAAAGGCUCAGAAGUACAUGAACGCGGAGGAAGCUCUGGCAGCUAUUGAUGGAGCAGAUAAGAGCAGGGAAAAGAAGAAGGAAAAGGAGGACGAUCGAAGAGGGCUAAAACGAGAACGUCAUGACAGGAGAAAUGACGACCGAAGAAGGGACGAUAAAAACCCUCGUCCGUCAAAAUUCACCCCGCUGGCGAUGUCCGUAGAUCAAAUUCUAACAGAAAUAAGGGACGAACCAUCCCUAAAGUGGCCAAAACCACUCCAGUCAGCACCUGGAUUACGCGAUAAAAGGAAAUACUGCCGUUUCCAUAAAGAUCACGGGCACUACACGGAGGACUGCAGGGACCUGAAAGAGCAGAUUGAAGAGCUCAUCCGUAAUGGGAAGCUACAACAGUACGUAAAGAGGGGGGAUUUCAGCAGGUACGGACAGAAGAGCCAGCCAGUGAAUGCACGAAGAGACGAAGAUCGCCACCAACCUCGUCCACAGAAUGCGCUAGGGGAAAUAAAAACCAUCGCCGGGGGACCAACCGCCGGAGGAUCAUUCAAGAGGCCAGAAGUGUGA